ACAGCGGAAGCUUUUCAUAGUAACAAAGCAAUGAACGGGACCGUUCCGGAAGAAGUGGUGGCAGAGUAAAACCGAUAAACUCUCGGUUGUGUUUCUAAAGAUAAGUGUCAACGUGAAGUGAGUCCAAGUUUUUGUGUGUUUAUUUUGAACGUUUACGGCGGGUCUAAACCAGCAUAGCCUACAGCGGGGAACUGAAAAUGGAGGUAGAAAAGGAAAUCAAGAAGAUGACCCUGGGCCACGAGAUCGGCGCCGGGGCGGCGUGUCUGAAAUGCAAGGACAAGUGUGAGGGGUUUGAGCUACACUUCUGGAGAAAGAUCUGCCGGAACUGUAAGUGUGGUCUUACGGACCACGAUGUGCAGAUGAACUCUGAUGAUAACAGGAAGGUGGGCAAGCUGUUCGAGGAUACCAAGUACACUGGCCUCAUUGCCAAGCUCAAAACUGACGGUGUACCCACGUACAAGGGCAACCAGGUCACCUUCUCCAUCUCUGCCAGUCCCAUAUCAGGAACCGCUAUUCCAUACAGUCCCCAAUCUGCCCACAAUGUGCCAGCCAAUGCUGGCUAUGGGGAUGGAGCUGGCUAUGUGGCUGGAACUGGGCCCAGGGCUGGAGCUGGUAAUGGGGCUGGGGCCGGAGCUGGGGCUAGCUAUGGUGCUGGGACCGGAGGUGGAGCUGGGGCUGGACCCGCUACCAUGCCCAAACCUGGGGCAAUCAGAGCCACUGCUGUGUCAGCCAAUGUCGUACCAGUCAGGAAGGAUGCCGUGCCCAUGAAGUCUGUUACCUACGAGUGGGCUCCUCCAGGGGUGAAACAGUACAUGGCGGUACGCUACAUCGAGCUCCUGCCCCCAGAGAGGCGUCCCAUAGCGGGCACGGAGGGUGCAGCCUACCGCCGGCAACAGAUGGCAGUGCAGCUACCGGAGCACGACCAGGAUCCGGCCAAGUGCCACGAGCUGACCCCUGCAGAGGUCAAACAGAUGCAGCAGUACGUCCGCAAGUACAAGGACGAGGCCCUGGGAGUGGGAGACAUCAAACUGCCUGAGGAGAUGAUGGGUCAGGCUCCGGGUCAGGAGGGACCUGGGAUGGGGGCUGGAGGUUACCCUGGGGCAGGAGAAGGUGGACCAGGAGACAUGGGCACUGCUGCCACCGCUGGGGCCAUGGGUACUCCGGGAGCCCCUGGAGAUCACCUGGCUGGACCCUGUGGACACUAUUCGUGCCACCAGUGCCAGCUGCCCAUGCGUCAGGGUGAGCCUGCGGUGUAUGCAGAGCGUGCUGGCUAUGACAAUCUGUGGCACCCAGCCUGCUUUGUGUGCUGCACCUGCUCAGAGCUCCUGGUGGACAUGAUCUACUUCUGGAAGAAGGGACAGUUGUACUGCGGACGCCACUACGGAGACAGUGAGAAGCCACGCUGCGGGGGCUGUGACGAGCUGAUCUUCAGUAAUGAGUACACGCAGGCCGAGGACCAGAACUGGCAUCUGAAGCACUUCUGCUGCUUUGACUGUGACUGUGUGCUGGCUGGAGAGACGUACGUUAUGGAGAACAACAAGCCUGUCUGCAAGCCCUGCUACAUGAAGAGCCACGCCGCGGUGUGUACGGCCUGUCAGAACCCAGUGGAGCCCGAGGCCCAGCGCGUGUCCUACGGGGAGUUCCACUGGCACGCUGAGCCUCAGUGCUUCCAGUGCUCCUGCUGUGCUAAGUGUCUAAUUGGAGAGCGCUUCAUGGCCGUACAGGGAAUGCUCUUCUGCUCUGUCGAGUGCAAGAAGAAGACCAUGACCUAGAGAAGACCGUCGUGUUACAGCAGCUCAGCCUUCCCCGACCACAACUGUCAUUUGAACUAAGCCUGGUCUAGAAUACAAACAAUAGUCUUACAAUGGAAUUAUUCAUUUGCCUUGACCACAAGAGCUUAGCUAAUGAUUUUCAGUUUCUAAGUUCCUGAUGGGAUGGGGAAAAUAAUGCCUUAAAUCUAUUGAUUAGUCUUCUCUUAACAAGAUUCUCCUCUACAUCUUCUCUUUGUUUACUGAGAUUCAUUUGGUUGGCGUUUUGUUUCAGAACACUUUUCUUCUUCUGAGUUUAAAGCAGCUAUGAAUGAUUCUCAACUCUGUCUACUCAAGUAUCUUUUGGUAUUGUAUCAGGAUCCCCAUUAGCUGUUGCGAAAGCAGCAGCAGCUACUCUUCCUAGGGUCCACAGAAAACAUGAACCAUGACAUAGUACAGAACAUUAGUAGGCAAGAACAGUGUCCUUCCUUGGGUUGUUCUCAAAUCCUGCUGCUUUCUCUCUAGAAUGUACUACUGAACUCUAAGCAGUAUUAUGAUUAACAAUUUCAGUGUAAUAGUAUUACAAUACGUGAUACUUUGUGCACUAUUUCUGUUCUGCAGGAAGCAGCCUUUCAGUGUUGUAACAGACUGCACACUAUGCAAUGUGAUCAACUGAUUCUCUCCAACACAGUCCUGGAGAACCCCUGUGAACGCAGGUUUUCACAAGUGACUUUAUUACGGACAACAUCACUGAAAUGUGAUGUCAUAUCUUCAGUACAUCUUAAAACGAUGAUGGACUUUGGAGGACCAAUGAAAUGAUCAGAAAUCGUCAAGUAGUUAUCUGUACUGUGGCGUCAACUUAUCUACUGCCUUCUCUCCUUCCUGCAGUCUUUUAUAUUAUAAUCGGUUUCCCUCGCAGUCUUCACAAUAAGUGCCAUUGGCUUUCCUUUAUUUCUCUUGCACUUUAUAUUUUCUCACACUGUAACAACCUAAUAAAGUUUUUUGCAAUGA